AUGGCCACGUGGACGCUGUGCUUGGGCAGCAGGACGAGCUUGAUCUCCAUGGCCGGCAUCCGCUACGAGGGCACCCUCAGCGGGGUCAACACGGACGACUGCACCGUCGCCUUGGCCAAAGUGCGUGUGUGCGGCACGGAGGGUCGCCCCGCCGAGCGCGCCGUCGCCCCUCGCGAGGAGAUCUACGACUACAUCAUCUUCCGUGCCAGCGAGAUCAAGGACCUGGCGGAGUUGGGGUGCCCGCUCUCCGCUCUGCACCCCCACCUGGCCGUCGUGCAGGUGAGAGAGAGGCAGUCGCUCUCCGCUCUGCACCCCCACCUGGCCGUCGUGCAGUCCUCCUCGUCACGGGGCGCCCGCCCCCUGCGGGACACGCAGCACGGAGCCCGCGGCGGCCACGGGGGCGGCACGCGCGGAGCCCGCCGGCUCGUGCGGGACACGGCGGACGGGAGGCGGCCUGCACACGGAGGAGCCACAGCCGCGAGGAAGAGCGCCACGGUGGAGCGGGGGGUGCAGACGUCCCCCCAGCGUCAGCAGCGACGGUGUCGGAGCACGAAGCGGAUUGCCGCCCAGACUCCCCGUGGGGCCCCGGAGCCGUGCGUUGAGUUGGACGCGGAGUUUGACUUUGCGAGCGCCAACGCGAAGCUGGACCGCGAGGCGCUGGACAGGGAGUUCCGGGGCAGGGAGGCCAAGCGGAGAGAAGCGGACAAGCUGAGGGGUCCCCGCACGAGCUCCCCCGUCUUCCUGGACGGCUGCUUCUACGACAAAACCAGGAGCUUCUUUGACAACAUUUCCAAAGACGGCGGCAGGAACUGCCGCGUGACGUUGGCGGAGCAGCGGCGCUUGAACGUGGCGACGUUCGGGGCGGACCUCCCCACGUCGCUCGCUCGCCGCUCCCGGAGCGCGGCGUCUCAAUUUGAGGAGGGAGACGUCUUCCAUCUGAAGAUGUCCCCAGUCGUCCAACCUGAGGCCCAGCAAUGCGUCCUGCGGAACUUGCGUGGAGGGAUCCCCGUGGUCCCCGACCCCAUCCCCGGCUGCGGCCGCAAGGGAUAG